AUGGAUCCUAUACCGUCGCUGCCCAAAUUCCACAAGGCGAACACUGAGUUAGUGAUCUGGGGCGAUCUGUUCACAGGAUACGUGAUUGCGAAAGCUAGCGCGUCCCGGUCGGCCCAGACGGUUGCGGAAUCGUACGAAGAGUGUGUAUUUCGCCGAUUUGGUACCAGUGAGAUGAUCCGGCAUGAUGGAGAAUUCGGCUUCAUGUCCGAUUUCUUCCGGGUCUUUAACAAGAUCCUGGGACAACGGCAGCGGACGACGAUGGCAUAUUGGCCACAAGACAACGGGGCCGCUGAAAGAAUGGUGCUGACCGCGACCAGGGCGCUCAAGAUGUACGUUCGCGAUCUCGAUCAGAAGGAUUGGGACGAGUAUGAUGAGCGGCUCACCUUCGCGAUCAACACGGCUCACGAUCGGAUCCGAGGAGAUACCCCUCACUAUUUGGUGCAUGGGUGGAAUCCGAGAUCGACAUUGGAGGCUACAUUGCCGGUCGGAUGCACGAGACGGCGCGAUCGAGACGCACAGCGGUGGCGUUAUCGGGUCCAGCGAUAUUAUCAGCAGCCCCGAGAACAAGUCAAUGCCAGAUUGAAGGAGGACAUUGCUGAUCGGGCCGGCCGACACGACGAGGACGUCGGAUCGCACCAGAUCGAGGCCGGAUCUCACAUCUGGUUAUACCUUGAUCGGGCGAAGGAAGGGUACGCGUGGAAUUUGACCCACCUGUGGCAUGGGCCGUUCCGAGUCGCCCAAAUGAUCAACGAAUUCAGCGUCAAGCUCGGGAUCGCAGGUACCGGGUACCAGAUCUUCUCAGUAGUGCAGGUUUCAAAGUUGAAAUUGGUCAAGGAUUUUCCGGGUCGUUUGCGAGUAGAACUCACGGUGGAUGAGACGGAUCGUCUCGAUUUCGAUGAGAUCCUGCUUCCGGAGGACAGUUGGGUUCCAGAUCUCCGGGCCGAUAGGUACGAAGUCGAGCGGAUAUCGGAUGUGCGGAGUUGGAAGAAGACACGAUUUGGUCGGAUCUACCGAGAAUUCCUGGUGCAUUGGACAGGAUAUGACGGGCCGACCUGGGUCGACGAAGCCGAUCUCAACUGCGGGCCAAUAUUGAACGCCUUCCUGCGGAAACGGGCUAAUCGAAACCGCCUCAAUGUGUCGUGUAGGACACGAUAG